AUGUCUGACCUUUCAUUUACGCCAGAGGUUGAAAAAAUACUUGACUUUGACAGGAAACACUUAUGGCAUCCAUACACCUCGAUGAGUAAUCCACUCAAGGUUUAUCCCGUCAAGUCCGCGGCUGGCGCGACUAUUACCUUGGACACGAAAGGCCCGGGGGAAGCUACAUUGGUUGAAGCAAUGUCUUCUUGGUGGUGCAUGAUUCAUGGGUAUAAUAAUCCUGAAAUCAAUGGUGCAAUCAUUGAACAGAUAGGUAGAAUGUCACAUGUCAUGUUUGGCGGCUUAACGCAUAAGCCUGCAGUGGGGACCGCUGAGAAACUUCUCAGAUUGAUUGACCACGAAAAGCUGAACUAUUGCUUUCUUGCUGAUUCUGGCUCUGUAGCUGUAGAAGUAGCUAUGAAGAUGGCCCUCCAGUACGAAUUUACCAAGAACGGAGACAAAACAAGAAAAUCCAAGUUUUUGACUAUACGUAACGGGUAUCAUGGUGAUACUUUUGGCGCCAUGAGCGUUUGCGAUCCAGUUAACUCGAUGCACUCACUCUACAGUGGUUAUUUACCUCAAAACAUAUUCGUAACCGCUCCUUCGGUAAUUGACACACUUCCGACUUCGAAUUUUCUCCGCUCAAAUCCAGAGGUUUUUGAGGGAAAAGUUGACUGGAAUGAAAGAGAUAUCAUUGAAUUUGAAGAGAUUGUUAGAGCGCGCCAUGCGGAGAUAUGUGCUGUAAUUUUAGAGCCUAUUCUUCAAGGUGCGGGCGGCAUGCGGCUUUACCAUCCACAAUAUCUAAUAGAAGUGAGAAAGCUCUGCACAAAAUACAAAGUCCCCCUCAUCAUGGAUGAAAUUGCCACGGGAUUUUGUAGAACGGGCGAAAUGUUUGCAUUUCAUCACUGCCGAAAAUAUCAAAAGAUGUUGAACAUCCAACCUGAAAAUCAUAUCGACGUUUAUCCUGACAUUUUAUGUGUUGGCAAGGCGCUGACGGGAGGCUACCUGACACUCAGCGCUGUGGUUACAACUGCUGAGAUCAAAGACGUUAUAUCGCGCCGUGAUAGUGUUACUGGUGGAUGUUUUAUGCAUGGGCCUACAUUCAUGGGCAACCCAUUAGCAUGCAGUGCCGCAGAAAAGUCCCUUGAAAUUCUUCUAAGAGGGGAAUGCUAUAACCAAGUGGCAAGUAUUGAAGCGCAGCUUAUGAAACAAAUGUAUCUUCCUCUUCUCAACGACCUGACACUAAUGAGCACCGUUAUUAAGCACAUGCGAGUCAUAGGUGCUGUUGGUGUAAUCGAAUUGAGACAGGUUGUUGACUCGGCUUGGUUCCACGAAAAAUUCAUUUCCAAGAGAGUAUAUGUCCGCCCAUUCGGCAAGCUCUUGUAUAUCAUGCCCCCAUAUGUUAUUUCAGAAGCAGAGCUUUCUAAAGUAAUUGAAGCAAUCAACCAGAUCCUGAGAGAGUGGAAGUUUCACCUCGAAAACAAGAAACUGCUCUUAUAA